AUGGUAUCUGGAGAUAGUGUGACUCCUGACAAGGAGGAGUACACCCCCACUGAGGGAUCAUCAGUGACUCUGAGCUGUACAUAUGAAACAAGCAGCAGUAACAUCUUCCUUUACUGGUACCGGCAUUAUUCUAACCAGGCUCCUCAGUUUCUACUGUAUAAAGGUGCCAGAUCAAACAGCGGUGAACAUAUCCCUGAUAAGAGAUAUAAAUCCACAACGUCUCGGACAUCAACUGAACUGGUCAUAACAAGACUAACCCUGGCAGACACAGCUCUCUACUACUGUGCUCUCUGGGAUUAUACCCAGUGAUACAAAGUGUAUAAGAUGCCGUACAAAAACUUGCAGACCAAAAAUGCUUUGUUGCUGUGUGGAACAUAAUUAAACAUCAAACCACAAUGUGAUAUCAUAAUAGCAGAGGUUGAGAUCAGAGAAGUGUGGUCACACCUGUGCUGUGUGCAAUCACCAGGUUGUCUAGUGUUUCUCUGUCUUCAUAUUCAAUGAAUUGUGAGAAAGAUGUAUUUGUCACUCUUCUAGGCUUCAAUUUCAGUUAGACAGGUAUUUAAAUAUUGGUUGGAAAAGCACUUGGGAAUAUGACACAUGUACAGCAAUGUUAUUGUUUGUAGUUACUCCUCCUCACAAUUUACACAGCUUGGGCUGUAGUGGAACAGGUUAAGAGCUUCAAGUUCCUUGGUGUCCACAUCACCAACAAACUAUCAUGGUCCAAACACACCAAGACAGUCGUGAAGAGGGCACGACAAAGCCUAUUCCCCCUAAGGAGACUGAAAAGAUUUGGCAUGGGUCCUCAGAUCCUCAAAAAGUUAUACAGCUGCACCAUCGAGAGCAUCCUGAUUGGUUGCAUGACUGCCUGGUAUGGCAACUGCUGGCCUCCGACCGCAAGGCGCUACAGAGGGUAGUGCAUACGACCCAGUACAUCACUGGGGCCAAGCUUCUUGCCAUCCAGGACCUAUAUACCAGGCGGUGUCAGAGGAAGGCCCUAAAAAUUGUGAAAGACUCCAGCCACCCGGUACCGGACCACGAAAUCUAGGUCCAAAUGGCUUCUUAACAGCUUCUAUCCCCAAGCCAUAAGACUCAUGAACAGCUAAGCGUGGCUACCCAGACUAUUUGCAUUGCCCACCCCACCCCACCGCACCCCAUCUUUUACGCUGCUGCUGCUCUGUUUAUUAUCUAAGCAUAGUCUUUUUAACUCUACCCACCUGUACAUAUUACCUCAAUUACCUCAACUAACCAGUGCCCCCGCACAUUGACUCUGUACCGGUACUCCCUGUAUAUAGCCUCCGCACUGUUAUUUUAUUUUACUGGUGCUCUUUAAUUAUUUUUUAUUUUUAUUUUUUACUUAUCUAUUUUUUACUUGACACUUUUUCUUAAAACUGCAUUGUUGGUUAAGGGCUUGUAAGUAAGCAUUUCACUGUGGCAAAUAAAAUUGAUUUGAUUUGAUUUUGGUGGUGUAGUAUGAAAGUCAACCUGAAGGGGGCAACCUAACAAAGCACACACACCCCUGAAUCAGAGGAUGACAUACAGACAGACACCUCCCCAUGGUCUACUACUGCAUGUAAUACAGAACAACAUGAAGCAUCAACAGUAGGACAGAGGGUGUCAAAGCUCUGUGAUAGAUAGAUCAGCAUUGUUCUGCUCCUUACCUUUUACACUUCAAACUGACUGACUAGUCAUGAGAAACUGGCUGAUCCUGCAUGUUCUGGCUGCAUGCUGCUUUGGUAUAACAUCACUCUGUUCAUCUGUCUCUUUCUGUGCAUUUGUUCAUUUUAUUUAGAUACAUUAUUAUUAUAUGUUGUGAAGAUAUAUUUAUCUUUCUUUUCAGGGUGCAGAGCAGAAGAGAAUGUAACACAGCCAACAGAAGAUGUAAUGGUCUUAGAAGGACAACCAACAAAACUCACUUGUCUAUUUAUUACAACUGAUCAAUCACGAUAUCUCUUCUGGUACAAACAACAAACAAAUGGCAACCCCAUCUUUAUGCUAAGAAGGAAUAUGUUUGGAGUUGGGGAAAGUGCUACUGAGUUCAAGGAGAGAUUUGAUGCCUGUCUGAAUUUCACAGCAAAAUCAGUUCCCUUGUCCAUCCAGAGGGUGCAGCUGUAUGACUCUGCUGUGUUCUACUGUGCUCUGAGGUCCACUGUGACAACAGGAGAAACAGCUCCCUUUCAAAAACUAUAGGUUUCACAUGUGUCCAUAGAAACAUACAGUACUAAUGAAAAAUGUAUUUCAAUACAGUAUGUACAGUAGUAGACCUGAAUUAGAUACUCUGUAGGCUACAUGAGUGUUUGUACCUGAAUUAUAAUAGAAUAUGUGUACGUUUUCAAACAGUUAUUUCAGAUAAAUUAAUCAUACUCAUUUCAUACAACAUGUAAGUCAUUGUCAAUUCCUUUAGGCAAUUUUCCAUUUGAUGUGAGCUAGAUGUCUAGGCUUUUCACUUUGUCUACUGUACUGCAAAGAGUGCUAAUAUAAUACUGAUGAGGUAAUAUUGAAACAUUCAUUUCUAUACAAUCUUACCUCUCACUGAACAGGCUCCUCCUUCAUGUCUAUCAGUUGAUGGUGAUAUACAGGCUGAGAUGGACAUGGAAGAGAGAGAGAGGAUCUCUACCGCUUGUUGUAACUCACAGUCACUCCCAGUGUGUUCUGCAUAACCAUGGUACUCUGUCUAAACAUCUGGCUGGUUCUUGAUGUAUUCUGCUUCGGUAAUACUCAAAUCUUGUUGUGCUGUGUGUUAUAAUUUUAACUUCCAGUUUCAGCCACAAUGUCAAUGUAGCAAUAUUACACUUUCAUGCACCUACUCAUCUGCACUCUCUUCAGUGGUAUCUCCAGGACCCUGGAUCAGCUCCCAUCUUCCUCCUCCUCACUGGAGUGUCGUCAAACCCCUCUGUAGUAAAAGCUCCUCCUCCGUACCGUCAGUUGUCAGUUAAACUGAACGAUGAGAGAACCCUUGUGGAUCUGGAGAUCUCCUCUGCUGAAGUGACAUACUCUCAGUGA